AUGUGCAGAAAGUGCGGCCUGAAGUUUGAGCAAGAUGAAAUCGUGCGCGUGGCCGCAUCCAUCGAAGCAAAGGCCACACGUCCAAAACUGGCGAAGCUGCAGAAGAAGCUUGACGCCUUGGACCCGGCGCUGCUGGCAGAGGCGCGCCGGCGCCUGCGCCUGCGCCAGGGCUUCGCAGCCGCCGAGGUGGAGGUCUCCCAGAAACGGCCGCAGUUUGUGCGCACUCCGUGGAAGGGCUUCAACGAUGUCAAGGUCCAGAUGCCCAACAAGCCAGCAGGACGCCGCGACUCCCUGAAUAUUCGCACCAUUGACCUCAUGGAGUACCUCCAAGAGGCGGAGCCUGACACGCCGCCGGCCUCGCCGGGCUCGCCGUCGGUGCCCUUGCCGCCGGUGAUGCCAAAGGAGCCUUCAGGCGCGGAGAUCAGCAAGAUCACCAUCGAGGGAGUGCUGCUGGACGGGAGGUCCAUGCGAGCCCUCGGCUACUCCUCGGGCGAUCAAAACUGGCGCGAGAGGUUUCAAUGCGUCCGCUUCGCGGAGUGGAAGAUCGAGAUCGAAGGCUUUGUACAGCUGAACAACCCCCCAAACAUCAUCAUCCGACUGGUUUCGUUUCUGAUGUGCUGCCGGCUGAACCCGGGGCUGCAUCUGGAGAUCGCGCUCUUCGCUCUGCCGGAGCUGCCAGAGCUACUGCAGCUCUGCCCACAGGUGCGGCAAUCGCUGCUUUUUGCUCUACGAAAGCUGGAAGAUGUCCAUCUUCAUGAGGGCCACUGCUUCCGCCUGGCGGAGACGCUGGCGCGGCACGCGGCCCUGCGUCGGAUGACAUGGCCGAGCGUCGCCAGCGUGGACUUGGAAGAGCUCGCAGGCCAAUGGCAGCAGCUCCGCAAUCUCAGCGAGGAGAAGGCGGUGAUGAUCGCACCCCAGCUGCGGCGGUACUCCUUGCCCCCGGCGCUGGCGCGGUUCCGGGAUCUGCGCUCUGGGGACUCCGUGGAGGUGAGUCUGGGCACCAGCAGCGCCGUGCUGGCUGCUGGGAUCCUCAGCGUGCGGAGACGUGGGCCGCUGGCCAGAUGGGUCUCUUCGGCCUUUUGGCCAGCUGCUUCUGUUGAGGCGCCUCUGCCGGUGUCGCCUUUGGCGCGCAAGGCGCUGGCCCUUGCUCAAAGGCGGCAGGCGGUGCGGGUGGUCUACAGCUGGUCCAGGUGUCAGAGUUCCAGCUGCAGCAGCGCCUUCGGCACGGUGAUUCUGCUGCUACUGCCCAUUCUGGUCAUUUGCCUGAGGUUGUGCGAGGAUGCCUACGCGCGUGCAGAAGGGUAUCCCGGCGCAUUGAUGUCACAGCAUCCCCUGAAGGCUCUCACUUUCCACGACCGCCUGCACUUUGAGCUCCUGGAGGGGGGAGGCAGUGGAAGGCUCGCGACAGGCGAGCUGUAG